GGCCAGCGGUUGUAGUGUGUGAGCAUGCAGAGCUAUUGCAUUGUUGUAGAGGCAUGCUGGCUGUAGAGUACAGGAUCAGUUCAGUUGUGCGGUGUGUGUGAUAGCUGGACGGUUGCACGGUGCAUUGGCUGCUUUGUACAGCACGCCGUAUGUUAGCUGGUUAGCUGCAUCCUGGUGUGCAUGCUUCUUAUUUGCAGUACAGAGUGCCUGUGUGUCAGCUAUCCCCAGUACAAUGUAUUAAAUGAUUUCCUCGCACAGUGAGUGUGUGUGAGUGUGUGUCAGUCAUUCAGUGUGUGUGUGUGUGUGCCUGUGUGUGUGCGUGUGGGGGCCGUCCUGGCCGUGCCGUGUCUAUGUUCUCGGGGCCAGUACAGAGUCGUCUCUCUCCCCCUCUAGUCGCCGACUACCACCCAAGGGGGAUGACAUCCACGUGCAACUUUUUCUACCAAGCAGACCUCACCUUGUGCGGAGCAAGACCUGUGGAUGAAUUCCAUCCCUUCAUCGAAGCACUUCUGCCUCACGUCCGUGCUUUUGCCUACACAUGGUUCAACCUGCAAGCCCGAAAGCGAAAAUACUUCAAGAAGCACGAAAAGCGCAUGUCGAAAGAGGAAGAAAGGGCAGUGAAGGACGAGCUGCUGAGCGAAAAACCCGAAGUCAAACAGAAAUGGGCGUCCCGUCUCCUGGCGAAGCUGAGGAAAGAUAUCAGGCCGGAAUAUCGAGAGGAUUUUGUACUCACGGUGACCGGUAAAAAACAAGCGUGUUGCGUUCUCUCUAACCCCGACCAGAAGGGAAAAAUGAGAAGAAUUGACUGCCUGCGCCAGGCGGACAAGGUCUGGAGACUGGACCUUGUGAUGGUGAUUUUAUUUAAAGGAAUCCCUCUCGAAAGUACUGAUGGGGAGCGCCUUGUUAAGUCUCCGCAGUGUUCUAACCAUGGGCUUUGUGUUCAGCCCCAUCACAUAGGAGUUUCUGUGAAGGAGCUUGAUUUGUAUUUGGCUUACUUUGUACACUCAGCAGAUUCAAGUCAGUCAGACAGUCCCAACCAGCCCAGCGAGGCUGACAUAAAGGACCAGCCAGAGAAUGGACAUUUGGGCUUCCAAGACAGUUUUGUGACUUCUGGAGUUUUCAGCGUUACAGAACUCGUCCGAGUCUCACAAACUCCCAUAGCUGCAGGAACGGGUCCGAAUUUCCCCAUUUCAGAUCUGGACAGCUCUUCCUAUUACAGCAUGAGCCCCGGAGCAAUGAGAAGGUCACUACCCAGUACCUCCUCCACCAGUUCCACGAAGCGCCUCAAGUCUGUAGAGGACGAAAUGGAUAGCCCUGGAGAAGAGCCAUUUUACACAAACCAGGGAAGAUCACCAGGAAGUGGCAGCCAGUCGAGUGGAUGGCACGAUGUGGAGCCAGAGGCGCAUAAGAGGAUAAGAAAAAUAGCAGGAAUGCCAUCGCCUACCUUAAAGAAGUCAGAGAAGUCUGGUUUCAGCAGUCCUUCUCCUUCGCAGACCUCUUCUCUUGGAACGGCGUUUACACAGCAUCAUCGACCUGUCAUUACAGGACCCAGAGCGAGCCCGCACGCCACGCCGUCAACCUUGCAUUUCCCGUCGUCGCCCAUCAUCCAGCAGCCGGGGCCGUACUUCUCGCACCCAGCGAUCCGCUAUCACCCGCAAGAGACCCUGAAAGAGUUUGUCCAACUUGUCUGCCCAGAAGCCGGUCAGCAGGCUGGACAGGUGGGGUUCCUAAACCCCAAUGGUAGCAGCCAAGGCAAGGUUCACAAUCCAUUCCUUCCGACUCCGAUGUUGCCACCGCCUCCUCCGCCACCUAUGGCUAGGCCUGUGCCUCUGCCCGUGCCAGACACAAAACCUCCAACUACGUCUACAGACGGAGGAGCCAGUUCUCCCAACUCACCGACCUACUCAACACCCAGCACUUCCCCAGCAAACCGAUUUGUCAGUGUUGGACCUCGAGAUCCUGGCUUUGUAAAUAUUCAACAACAGACUCAGUCCUGGUACCUGGGAUAAAAAGGUCGCAGUUUUCUAUCGCCCACCCGACAGACCACCUACCCCCCUUCUCAUCUCUGUAACUUUUGAAGAAACCAACGUCAACUUGGCCUAGGUCACUCGGCGCCAGAGGAAGGGGAAAAAAAAACUGACCGUAACAGCAGAACAGCAUCGAAGGAGAAGAACGAUCACACGCGGUCGCGCGGCAGACACCAUCACUCAUCUGCCUUUUCUCUUUUACUU